CAGUUUUUUUUUUUAAUUUAAAAAAAUAUAUUCGAAGGCGUCGCGCUGUGUUGAGUUUGAGUUGAGACAACCGAAAACCCCCAAAAAUCAAUUCAUUUCAUUUAUAAAUCAAAAUCAAAUCAAAUCAAAAUCAAAAUCAAAACCAGUUUUCCAUUUUCAUCAUCAAAACCCAGAACAACUUAAACCUUUUAUUGCGUUACGUUGCUCCUACGCUCUCAUUUUUCUAUUCUCAUCAUUACUCUCUCUCUCUCUCUUUGAGAUCCGAUACAACAGGAGGAACAAUCCAUAUUCAACUAAUUCUUUGCUUUUCUCAGAUCGAUUAUAACUUCAUUCUUAAGGUAGAGAUGGCAGAAGAUAAAGGCGUUGGAGAAGGAGAGAAGAUAGAAUCCGGAACGACUCCAACAGCAACAACAACCACGAGUGAGAUUGGGAUGAAGAAGAAGCGUAAGGGAAUCUUUUCCAGAAUUUGGAACGGAAUCUUUAGAAUACACGGCGAUGAUUUUGAGAAGCGCCUUCAGUAUAUUUCUAAAGAAGAGGCCACUGUUCUUGCUAGAAUGAAGAGGAGGUCCCAAACAUGGAGGCGUAUGAUUAGACACCUUAUUAUAUUUUCUGUCAUUUUUGAGGCUAUUGCAGUUGGUUAUGCUAUUGUAACAACGCGAACAGCGGAUAUGAAUUGGAAAAUGAGAGCAUUUCGAGUUUUGCCUAUGUUUCUUUUGCCUGCUAUCUCUUCUCUUACUUAUUCGGCAUUUGUAAGAUUUACAAAGAUGUGUGAUCGCAAGGACCAAAAGACUUUGGAAAAACUCAGGGCAGAAAGGCAGGCAAAAAUUGAUGAGCUUAAAGAAAGAACGAAUUAUUACACUACUCAACAACUAAUUCAGAGAUAUGACCCUGACCCAGCAGCAAAAGCAGCGGCGGCAACUGUUUUAGCAUCGAAGUUGGGUGCAGAUUCAGGUCUGAAAAUGUUUUUGGGAGAUGAACCUAAUGUUCAAGCUCCAAUUGGAAAGAGCAAAGAUGUAGAACUUGUUCAGUCUGGUGGACUUCGGAACAGGAAACAACCUCACACUCAUUCGGGUAGUGCUGGGAGCAGUCCCUUGCUUCAUUCUGGUGAAGGUACACCUCAAUCUCUGGAGAGUGAGGAUCCCCAGACUUCUGAGCAGAGCCCGUUGGUUGUUAGUCAUUACAAUCCUCAAGGUUCCCCUGCUCAGGAUGGAGGAUGGAUUGCUCGAAUUGCAGCAUUACUUGUUGGUGAAGAUCCAACACAGUCGUAUGCACUCAUUUGUGGCAACUGCCACAUGCACAAUGGACUUGCUAGGAAGGAAGAUUUCCCAUUCAUCACAUAUUAUUGCCCACAUUGUCAGGCCCUAAACAGGCCACACCAAUCCGAAGAGCGUGUUUCUGGUUCUAGUACCCCUAAUUUGGGAUCCAUCAGAGGCGCGGGAAGUAGUGAGGUGUUGAAGACUGCUAGUGUUCCUGCAAGUGAGAGUGUGGUCACAGGUGACAGUUCCAUUAUUAGAGCCAUUCCAGAGAACAAAAUUGAGGAAUUGACCGAGACAACAGAGGAUUUAGCCAGUUGAGAAGCAAGCAAGCAAACUAAAGUUUGAGGCUCAAAGUUGGAUUAAGAUGUUGUGCUGUUCACCUUGGCAUGUAAGUACGGGAUAUUUUAGUUUUGUCGAGGUAUUUAUAUGGGUUUGCUUCAUGCUUUGGUUGGUGUCCAAGAAAACGUUGAGAGUCCGUGUGAGAAACCUUAUGUGCUUUACUUUUCUUAUAUGAUUUAUACGUAGGUAACAACGUAAAAUAGGUUGUUACAUUCCUGUACAUUGGUUGAGUAUUUCAUUCUAAUUAUUAUCUUCUGCACCAGGUACUUCUCUAGUGUUUAAAUUUUUGGAAAAUUUUGUACCAGUGACGUUUCAUCUUAUUUAGUAAUGUUUUUCUA